AUGAAAGAUGAUGGUGGUUCAGUUAGUGGUGAUGGGAUUCCAAAUGGAGUGAGGAAUUACUUGGAGGAGCACGUGCAAUUGAUUAGGCAGAUUAAGAGUAAGAAGGACUAUUACUCGAUUCUUGGUGUGGAGAAGAGUUGUUCUGUUGAGGAUAUAAGGAAAUCAUACAGGAAGUUGUCGCUGAAAGUCCAUCCUGAUAAGAAUAAGGCACCAGGGUCAGAGGAGGCAUUUAAGAAAGUUAGCAAGGCGUUCAAGUGUUUGAGUGAAGAUGACUCGAGGAGGCAAUAUGAUCAGACAGGGUUAGUCGAGGAGUUUGAGUAUAAUCAGCAGUACAACGUUAGGCAAAGGAGAAGGAGAACUGGGAAUGACUUCUUUGCUGAUGAUUUUGAUCCUAACGAUGUUUUCAGGGCGUUCUUUGGUCAGAAUGACAUGUUCAGGAAUGCCCAUGUUUACAGGACUAGAACAAAUGGACCCGGUGGUCAUCAGAGGGAAGAUUUGGGUGGUAUUGGUCCUAAUUUGAUGUUGCUUCUUCAGUUAGUGCCAUUUUUGAUAAUCAUCUUGCUUGCUUAUCUUCCGAUCUCAGAGCCUGAGUAUUCUUUGCAAAGGAACUAUUCUUAUGAGUUUAUGAAAACGACAGAAAAACAUGGGGUGGAGUUUUUCGUUAAAUCAACUGACUUUGAUGAAAAUUAUCCACUUGGAAGCUCUGCUCGAAAUGACAUUGAAAAUAAUGCUAGAAACUUUAAUGGCGUGAAGAAAGCUGCAGAAGCUUUCCACUGGCUUAUGCUCUUGGACAUAUUGUGCGUGGACAUUUGGGCUUUACUGCUGUGGGUUAUAAGUGCUGGUUCAGGGUCAUUACAUGUACGUGGAAUUAUGCUAUUUAUUAUACCAGCUCAUCUAGGCCUUGCACAGCAAGAUUUAAUUCCGAGUUUGAUUCUUGUGUCUUCUGAAGUUGAAUCUGAAGAUUGCCAUUAA